AUGACUGAUGGAUAUGGCAUGCCUUUUUUUGGGAUGUCAGGUUCAUAUAAUGAUCUCAACGUGCUAUAUCGACCACCUCUUUUAGUUGAUUUGUUUGAAGGAAGGGCACCACCUUCUAUUACUGAACCACAAACACCAAAAGCAAUGUUAUUUGCCCAACAUCAAGAAGCAACAAGAAAGGAUGUGGAGCGAGCAUUUGGGGUGUUGCGAGCUCGAUUUGCAAUAAUCAGAAAGCCCUCACUUGCUUGGGAUGAAGAACGACUCUCUAAUAUAAUUACUUCUUGUAUAAUUAUGCAUAAUAUGAUAGUGAAAGAUGAAAGAGAUACAUAUACACAUUACGCUAAUGAUAGAAUUGUUGAUAUAAACCGAUACUUGGCAAAUAAGGAUGAUGUUGAAGAUCGACAAACAAAUUUAUCCUUAAAGAGAUGA